GGGGCGGGCAGCCAAUGGGAAGGCCAGCGCGGGGCGGGGUGGUUCGCGGGGGGUGCGCAGGCGGCGAGAGGAAGAUGGAGAGAGCCGAGCGCCAAUCGAGAGCCGUGCGCGAGUGACGCCAGCAGGGAAAUGCCCGGAGCUCACCUUGCGGAGGGACUGGAGUGGACGUUGGAUGACUAGGACCGGGGGCCAUGCAGGGCAUUGAGGAGCCGGGCGCUGGGAGUUGCAGCCAUUGGCCUGUCAGGAGAAGCCCCUGGGGCUUGUCUCCCGGUUGACCCUUGGUUGGAGGGGGUGCUCGCAGAAGUGAGGAAAUGCAGCCGCCAAUUCAUGGACAAACUUAAAACCUUACAAGCUUCCAGCCCCAGAGGAAUCUCCAAAAACUCAGAGCCUCCCAGGCGCUGCAUCCUAGAAUGUACGACUUGAAACCGUUUGGGCUCAGGGAAACCUGGGGGUUUCAAAGCCCAUCACCGAGAAGGCAGAUCCCCCACCCCACUCACCAGCUCUGUGACCUCUGUGGGCAAGUCGCUUGACUACUUUUGAGCCUCCGUUUUCCCCAUCUGCUUAAUAGAAUGAUGAUGAGAUGGACCUCAAAGAGCCGUGCCUGCCCACAGACAAGGACCCAAUGCCCAACCCCAGGCCAGCCAAGCCCUCGGCCCCUUCUUUGGCCCUCGGCCCAUCCCCAGGACCCUCGCCCAGCUGGAAAGCUGCACCCAAGACCUCAGACCUGCUGGGGCCCAGGGGCCCAGGGGGAACCUUCCAGGGCCGGGAACUCCGAGGCGGGGCCCAUGCCUCCUCCUCAACCUCAAACCCCAUGCCACCAUCGCAGCUGCAGCUCCCCACAGUGCCCCUAGUCAUGGUGGCACCCUCUGGGGCACGGCUGGGCCCCUCGCCCCACUUGCAGGCACUCCUCCAGGACAGGCCACACUUCAUGCAUCAGCUCUCAACAGUGGAUGCCCAUGCCCGGACACCCGUGCUGCAGGUGCACCCACUGGACAGCCCAGCCAUGAUCAGCCUCCCACCACCAACCGCUGCCACUGGGGUCUUCUCCCUCAAGGCCCGGCCCGGUCUGCCACCUGGGAUCAACGUGGCCAGCCUGGAGUGGGUGUCCAGGGAGCCGACAUUGUUGUGCACCUUCCCCAGCCCUGGUGCGCCCAGGAAGGACAGCACCCUUUCAGCUGCGUCCCAGGGCUCCUACCCACUGCUGGCAAAUGGCGUCUGCAAGUGGCCCGGAUGUGAGAAGGUCUUCGAGGAGCCGGAGGACUUCCUCAAGCACUGCCAGGCGGACCAUCUCCUGGAUGAGAAGGGCAGGGCGCAGUGUCUCCUCCAGAGGGAGGUGGUACAGUCUCUGGAGCAGCAGCUGGUACUGGAGAAGGAGAAGCUCGGUGCUAUGCAGGCCCACCUGGCUGGGAAGAUGGCCCUGAACAAGGCUCCCUCUGCAGCAUCCUCCGACAAGGGCCCCUGCUGUAUUGUAGCGGCAGGUCCCGCAGGCGGUGCCCUCCCAGCCUGGCCCGGCCCCCAGGGGGCCCCCGACAGCCUGUUUGCGGUACGGAGGCACCUCUGGGGCAGCCACGGAAACAGCACAUUCCCAGAGUUCUUUCACAACAUGGACUACUUCAAGUUUCACAACAUGCGGCCCCCUUUCACCUACGCCACCCUCAUCCGCUGGGCCAUCCUGGAGGCUCCCGAGAAGCAGCGGACACUCAAUGAGAUCUACCACUGGUUCACACGCAUGUUCGCCUUCUUCCGAAACCACCCUGCCACCUGGAAGAAUGCCAUCCGCCACAACCUGAGCCUACACAAGUGCUUCGUGCGGGUGGAGAGCGAGAAAGGGGCCGUGUGGACUGUGGAUGAGUUCGAGUUCCGCAAGAAGAGGAGCCAGAGGCCCAGCAGGUGCUCCAACCCCACGCCUGGCCCCUGACCUCAAGGCCAAGGAAGGAAAGGAAGGAAGGGGCCAAAAUGGAGGGAGGGGGGCAGAGGUGAUGUGGGGUGGGGUGGGUGGGGCAGGGAUGACAAGCCCUGGACAUACCUGCAAGGACCAAGAAGUGAGGUGUCCACUGUCUUGCCUGUCAGGGACCCUGCUCCCCAGCUGACUACCCCUCCUGACUCAUAUCCUCUGCACCAAGGUUGCUCAGAGGGGACCUGGUGCCAGUCCCGGAUCUCCCCCCCACCCCCACCCCCCCUGCCACCAGCUCCGCAGCCAAACAGAGCCUUCACAACCUUACAUGUGGCCAGCCUCCAUCACUCUCAUAGCUGAUCUCAGGGCUGGAAAAGUCACACAGACACACAGAUGGUCACAGGCCACAAUCCCAUCACUUGGACUCAACACAAGAUGCCGGACACCAAGAGCCUUCCUUAGUACACCCAGACAACCUCACCACUGCAGUCAUACAGACAACCACACCUGAUCACAGUCCGGUCACACAUGUGCAAGGUGCCCUGUCACAGUGGCUGACCCAGACACACAUGCAGAAGCAACCUCGGUGCGCUCAAGUGCUCUCUGGUCUGGGAAAGUGACACAGAUCCGUGACCUGUCACGCACAGGCUCACAUAAGCUCCCAACACAUGGACUCAGUCACAGGCACAGCCCAUUAGAACUCCCCUGUGCAGCUCCCACACACACACACAUACACGCCCAGCACCCAGUGGUUUUCCCCAGAGCCCCCACAAACACAGCCACACACACUGACUCACCAAAACAUAACCCCGUGUCACACCUGCCACCCACCCCACUCACAUUCCCUAUGCCAUGUGCCCCCCCAUCUCCGAUCCAUGCCUCAGCUUAGACUGAAGACUGAGCCCCUCAUUUAUUUGGGAUCCCAGGCCCCCAACCCCCAGUCCUCUCCCUCCAAUAAAUGGUGGCCUGGCUCCCCCACUCUGGA